CUCCGCUCGGCGCAACGGGCACGAUCACCGCGCGUUCGUAUCGUGGCGAUUUCUAUGGCGCUGUUUCUGCCUGUUCAACGUGGACAAGUCUCAGCCGAUUGACGAUCGAGGAUCCAAGGGCAGGACCACCCUUCGAGAGCUGGGCAUUGAGAACGCGACCACUCUUAAGUUUGCCCAUCGCGUCAAGUAUUUCGGGCGCCAGCGGCAGAGUUAAUGCCAUAAAAUAAAUGAGCAGUGACCGAAAUUCGGGCCGGAUUCGGGGCCAGUGCAUUAUGGAUCAACUGGUUUGGCUUUCGCUUUGCAUUUCGCUCCUGAUCACUCUCUCCGCCGGCUUGCCGUUCGAGGAUGGCAACAACAAUAAUGUCAAGAUCACCCGCCAAAGCCUGGAGCUGACCCAGACGAUCAACAUCCAACGGCAGGAGUUCAUGCAGCGGGAAUGCGAGCUCCUCGGCCAGCAUCAUCAGACGGUGAACGAUCUCACCGACCUGCAAAUGGACCACAUGAUCGUGGACAAGGAGCACAAGUUGCUCUACUGCUACGUGCCAAAGGUUGCGUGCACGAAUUGGAAGAGGGUUCUGAUGAUGCUCAUGGGCAAGUGGAACAAUGGGACGGAUCCGCUGGCAAUUCCGGGUUCCCUGGCCCACUCCGAGGGCAUGUUCACCAAGUUCUACGAUCUAACCGAAGCAGAGCAGCAACAGGUCCUGAGCGAGGACUACACCCGCUUCAUCCUGGUGCGGCAUCCCUUCGAGCGAUUGCUCUCCGCCUAUAGGAACAAGCUAGAAGGCGACUCCCCCAGCGCCCGAUACUUCCAGACCCGUGUGGGUCGCCAGAUUGUGAAGGAGCUGCGACCAGGCGCGAGCAAUGCCUCGCUAGAGAACGGCGAUGAUGUGACCUUUGGAGAGUUCAUCCAGUACCUGCUGACGCCGGAGCUGAGCCGGGCCAAUCAGUCGGACUACAACGAGCACUGGGAGGUGAUAACGAAGCUCUGCAAUCCCUGCGUGGUUAACUACAACGUCGUGGGAAAAUACGACACCUUACUGGACGAUUCCGCGCUGGCAUUAUACCUGGCCAGAGCCCGCAACCUGAUAUUCCCCACUGGCCACAAGCCAUCCAGCACGAAAGCCAAUCUCCGGACCUACUUCGAUCCUUUGCCCAUCGGAUCCAUCCGCCGGCUGUACGAGAUCUACGAGGAUGACUUCCGUCUCUUCGGCUACGGCUUGGACGAUGUUCUAGGCUUCGAGUUCGGAUGAGUCUUCCCAGUUCCGCAAUAUCUAUCUAUAUAUUUCCAAGUCAACACCAUAGCGCUUUCCAAUUGAAAAGAUUGUGAUUUGUUAAACUUAGUUUACCUUAAUGCGAAUAUUGAAGUACUUAUGUUAACCGCCACUGGCUAGUUAGGCUAGCAGCAAGGAAUUAGUUAGGAUCUAGAGAAACUCAGUAAGCCCUACUCACUAUGACACUGUGAAAUUGCCAUGACAGAUCACAAGAUGUCAUUCAAAUCGUACUCGUUUAAGUAAAUCAAAAUGCAUACUUUUAAGCUUUAAAUAGAAUAUUAUUCCAAGUUAUUGUAGCUGUUUGAUGAAAGAUUUCCGAAUUACAAUACACUCUACUUUAAUUUAAAAUUUCUCUCCGAAAUAUUUGAAUUAAAUCCCAAUCAAUUCCCAUCAAUAAAACAAUGAAUAUUGAUCAGCCUUGGAGUGCCAUUCCACUUGCUAA